GGAUGUCCGUUAUGUUACAGUGGUAGGACGGUGUCACAGAGUAGGAUACAUAGACCUAGCUGUCCCUAAAUAAGUUUUUUAAAACACAUAAUAAUAGACCGAAGCGACUCACAGCAAGUCUCCGAUCCUUACCGCAGUCCCGAACUAUUAAUUAUAUCGGCACACACAUACACACACACACACAUCCAUAACACCCCUGCACCAGCAGUCCCAGCACUUCACAGCUCCGCGGGGCCCGGCGAGGCGCGGCGGGAGCAGAUGGAGCCUGCACCGGCGAAAGCGAAGCCACAGGGCCGGCUCCUAGUGUCCACCCAGCUGGACGCCAAAGACGAGUUGGAAGAGAGAUUGGAACGAUGUGUUGGAAUUGUCCAGGCAUUGACCAAUGGACUGUCGGAGAGAGAAGCUAACGAUGCACUCACUGCCAACGUGUGUAAAGGCCAGCAACAGCAUGAGGAAGUGUGUCAGGGUCUGUUUACUCUGGUCCUCACAGAACCAACCCAGGCCCAGAGAUGUUACAGAGAUCUGACACUUGUUAACAGAGAUGGGAUGAACAUAGUUUUGGUAAAGAUAAACCAGAUACUGAUGGAAAAGUUCCUCAAACUGCAGGACGUCCCUAGAACACAGCUUGUGUGGCUGGUAAGAGAAUUGGUGAAGAGCGGCGUAAUGGGAGCUGAUGGUGUCAUUAUGACGCUUCUUAAGCAAAUUGCAGGUGGAGACAUCUCAGCAAAGAACCUAUGGUUGGCUGAGAGCGUCCUUGACAUCCUGCUUGAGCAAAAGGAGUGGGUGUUAAAGAGUGGCAUGCUAAUAGCAAUGUCGGUCUACACCUACCUUCGUCUGAUCGUUGACCAUGGAACCCCAAACCUGGUGCCUCUGCGCCAGAAAGAAGUCGACUUCUGCAUCAACAUGCUGAGAGAGAAGUUCAUGGAGUGCCUGAUCAUCGGCAGAGAUCUUGUUCGUCUUCUGCAAAAUGUUGCACGGAUCCCAGAGAUGGAGCUACUCUGGAGAGACUUGCUGCACAACCCACAAGUUCUCAGUCCUCAGUUCACUGGCAUCCUUCAGCUUCUGACAGCACGAACCUCUAGGAAAUUUCUGGCUUGUCGACUCACACCAGACAUGGAGACUAAACUUCUAUUCAUGACUUCUAGGGUCCGUUUUGGGCAGCAAAAGCGGUACCAGGACUGGUUUCAAAGACAGUACCUGUCCACAGCAGAGAGCCAGUCACUGCGGUGUGAUCUGAUUCGAUAUAUCUGUGGGGUGGUACAUCCGUCGAAUGAGGUGCUGAGCUCUGAUAUCCUGCCACGCUGGGCUAUUAUUGGCUGGCUACUUACUACGUGCACGUCAAAUGUGGCUGCUUCCAAUGCCAAACUGGCUCUCUUCUACGACUGGCUUUUCUUCAACCCAGAGAAAGACAGCAUCAUGAACAUAGAACCAGCCAUCCUGGUAAUGCAUCACUCCAUGAAACCUCAUCCCGCCAUCACAGCCACACUGCUAGACUUCAUGUGCAGGAUCAUCCCCCAUUUCUUCCCUCCAUUGGAAUCUCAGGUCCGUCAGGGCGUCUUCAACUCGCUCAACUUCAUCAUGGAGAAGAGAGUGCUGGCUCACCUCGCUCCGUUGUUCGAUAAUCCAAAGUUAGACAAAGAGCUGCGAUCGAUGCUCAGAGAAAGAUUUCCCGAGUUCUGCAGCCCACCAUCCCCUCCCACAGAAGUGAAAAUGGAAGAGGCAGUUUCCAUGGAGAUGGAAAACCAUGUGCUGGACAAGGAAGAAGGUUGCUAUGACAACACAGAAGCCGCUUUCAGCGAUGACGAGGAGGAAGUAAACAACAAAGGAAAGAAGAGGGAAUUCAGGUUUCAUCCAAUCAAAGAGGCUGUAAUGGAGGAGCCUGCUGACAUCACACCCUGGCUUGACCAAUUAGAUGACACCAUGAAGGAGAAGGUACAGCAGCUUCAGAAAACCAGCGAUACAGAGACUCAGUGUGAGUUGAUGCAGGAGAUCGUGGAUCUGAUCCUGGAGGAGGACUUUGAUUCAGAGCAGAUGUCGGCUCUGUCUUCCUGUUUGGCUGAACUGUUUAAAGAUCAUUUCAGAGGGGACGUCCUGCCAGACGAGAUCACUGAAGAGUCGCUGGAGGAGUCGGUGUGCAAACCCUUCUGUCUAAUUUUCAGGAACCUAGUCACCAUGCAAGAAGACAACAGUGGGUUCUCAGUGCUGCUAGACAUGUUGGCAGAACUUUACCAAAAGCAGCCAAAGAUUGGAUACCACUUACUGUACUAUCUGAAAGCAAGUAAAGCAGCAAACGGUAAGAUGAUGCUAUACGAGUCAUUUGCUCAGGCAACUGCUCUCGGAGACCUGCACACUUGUCUGAUGAUGGACAUGAAGGCCUGUCAGGAGGACGAUGUCAGGCUUCUCUGCUACCUCACACCCUCCAUUUACUCUGAGUUUCCAGAUGAAACACUGCGAAGUGGUGAGCUGCUAAACAUGAUUGUGGCUGUUAUUGAUUCAACACAGUUACAGGAGCUGAUGUGUCACGUGAUGAUGGGAAAUCUGGUGAUGUUCCGGAAGGACUCAGUUCUUAAUAUCCUCAUUCAGUCUUUGGAUUGGGAGACCUUUGAGCAGUACAGCACCUGGCAGUUGUUUCUGGCUCACAGUAUCCCCCUAGAAACCAUCAUCCCCAUCCUGCAGCACCUCAAAUACAAAGAACACCCAGAGGCCUUGUCCUGUCUGCUGUUGCAGCUUCGCAGAGAAAAGCCUAGUGAAGAAAUGGUGAAGAUGGUCUUGAGUCGUCCCUGUCACCCAGAGGAUCAGUUCACCACUAGCAUUCUUAGACACUGGGCGUCAAAAUAUGACGACACACUGGGAGAACAUAUCAAGGCCCAGCUAAUCAAAAACAACAACCAGCCACGCAAAAGACAGAGUCUUCGUAGUUCGAGCAGUAAACUGGCCCAGCUGACUCUAGAACAGAUCUUGGAGCACAUGGACAACCUGAGAUUGAGUCUGAGCAACAUGAAGAACAACUUUUUUACUCAGACGCCCAUCCUCCAAGCUCUACAGCACGUUCAGGCCAGCUGCGAUGAAGCCCAUAAGAUGAGGUUCAGUGAUUUGUUCGCGCUUGCAGAGGAGUAUGAGGACUCUCAAUCAAAGCCUCUAAAGUCUCGACGAAAAGCUCCAGCUUCGUCACCUCGUUCAAGAAAAGGUGCAGCACCGCCCACCAACAAUGAGGAGGAGAGUGCGUCCAGCAGUGCCUCGGAGGAGGAAGACUCGAAACCCAAAGCACCGAAGAGGAAGCGAAAAGGCUCGUCAGCCGUUGGCUCUGACAGCGACUGAUAAAUACCGUGACCAAGCACACUCCAGCCAACCAGCCGCUUGACCACUGCAAGAGGUCCGAGAUGGGCUCAGAAACACUGCAGGCUUUAAAUCCAUGUUGUAAACUGACUUUAACAUGACAAGAUAAUAUCUGUUUCCAUGGAGACAAGGACAGAUUGCAGGACUCCAAACCUAGGCGGGUCAAAAGUCAGUGUGUGGCUGAUGUCCCAUGAUGCACUGGGGGAGGAAGCUACAAACUCUUGAACCAAAUGGACUUAUUUUAACAGUGGACUUAAAUGAUGACAGUGAUUCUCUGUGCAAGCCCUGUUCUUUAUUUUGUUUUGUUUUUCUCAAAAAUUUUCGAGGGUAAGGGGACCUUGGACUGUUGUUUUGGAGGAUCCCAACUUCCUGCUGAUUUUAGCAGCUCCUUCCUGUUUGUCUCGCUUCAGUUAAAGCUCAUCUGUGAGAUCCUUUCAGAUGAAUUCUUAAUAUAAAAACUGAUGGUUUCAGGGUGUCAUACGUCUGUUACUUUGGGUUGGGAUGAGGGUAUGAUGCGGCUCAAGGGAACAAAGGCACAGUCAAUGAAAUAUUUGAUGUGGGUGCAAAACAUGUCAAAUCCCUAUGGAAUUUGGUGUGGGUUUUGGGCUACUGAAUACUUCUGGAAUUUUUUUUAUACAAAAACACAUUGACAACUUGUUCAAGAUAAAAACAAGUGUUUUUAUAGUCUUUACAUCUUUUACAUGACUCAGAUCAUUUUUGAAAGUGAAUCAGGACCUCAACUGCUUUGAGGCUGAUGUUUCCACAGUAGUGUCAGAAAACAUCAGCCUCAUUUUAAUUUUAAUUAGACAGGUUUUAUUAUAAAGCAUUUAAAUUAAACAAUUUGUCUGCACAAGUUUUCCAAAAAGCCACAAACUAAAAUCAAAAGGAAACUCAUCUUUAAGGGGGACCAGGUGUGAACACAGUCACUUUUGUGCUUUUAUAAUAAGAUUAAAUAAAAUUUGAAGUAAUUGUUUAAUUGAAAACAUUAAAGGGUAAAAUGGGCUGGAUUCCAACAUCAAACUUGAGACAAAAUGGGCUCAUGUUUUAUUUAACAUUUUUACAAGUCUGUCCACACCUUAACAGGCCAAGUUUUAGUGGUAAAGGGAUUAGGUUACUGUAAAAAAAAAAAAGAAUAAACAAAAACAGGAAAAGAUAAAUGACUUCAUAUCAUACUGACAAUUAAGUGGCACCUUCCUGAAUCUGGGAAAUAUUUUAGGUCUGGACAGUGUAUGGGAUUAGUUCACUGUCAACUAAAAUUUCAGUGGGGUUUUUAAUAGACAAACGCCUUAAAUGUGUGCAUUCUCCUGGCCUGCCAGUAGAAAUAAGCCUUUUCUAUCAGACAACUUUAAUUCAGCUGUUAAUGAGGAUGUAAUGAAUGUUUGAUUGUAUUUUAAGAGUAAUGCACUGUAAAAUAAAAUGUUUUGGGUUUUUUAAA